AUGAUGAAAAGUCUAUUCUUUUUGCUCUUGGUGGCUGUAGCGAACGCUAAACGCUUCCAGCGCUGUGAAUGGGCCCACAAGUUGAAGGAUAGUGGAAUGGACGGCUACCGCGGUGUCAGUCUGGCUGACUGGGUUUGCCUGACCAAAUGGGAGUCAGGCUACGACACCAUGAAGACGCACCACAACAACGAUGGAUCCACUGAUUUUGGCAUCUUUCAGAUUAAUAAUCGCUGGUGGUGCAAUGACAAAAUCAUGUCUUUCAGAAAUGGAUGCCAAAUCAAUUGCAAGGACCUUUUAAGUGAUGAUGUCACCGUGGCAAUCAACUGCGCCAAACGUGUUGUUACAGACCCCCAAGGCAUCGCAGCCUGGUAUGGAUGGCGUAAUCACUGUCAAGGUCGUGAUCUCACACCCUAUUUGGAUGGAUGCGGUCUUUAA